AUGGACCCUAUCAAGUCCUCGCUUGCGGACAAACUCAUCGCCAGCAGCAACAAGGCCCAGAUGACUCAGCCAGUGACGGAAACGUCGGAGGAUCGUCUACGCGAGAUGGUCGACGCGGCGGAAAGCACGGAAAAGGAGUGGUUUGACAGAGUGGGCAGAAGGCUGAACACCGCACUCGAAGCCGUAAGGGAAGCUAAGAAUGUGGCGAAACCCGUGCAAACGGCACUCGCUGAAGCCAUGAACGCUUUCAACCAAGCGAGAAGCGCACGAAAACAGCGCCAGAACGUGGUGGAGAAGCUAAAGGACGUAGCGAGCAACGCGGGGCCCCACGCGUCAACCACGGGUGAUGUACAGGCCGAUGACGGUAGCAUAAACUUGACAAAAGAAUUCAAUUCGCUGAGGGACGAAGUCGGUGAACUCAGCAAGGUGGUGAGAGAACUAGUUGACAAAAAGACUAGUAAAGAACCCACCAUCCAGGAAAGCCAGCCCGGAACAUGGACAGAUGUGGUCAAGCGAAACCGAAAGGCGAAACCCGUGCCCACCGGGAAGUCCGACGAUCGUGCACCCGCAAUCAAGAACGUAACCGCCCGGCCUCGGGUGAGAACGCGCCCUUCAGCGAUCCUCGUAACCGUCGGGGCUGAGGAGUUCCCGGAGCUGUCCAAGAAAAUUCGCGGCGGGGUGAACCACGAUGUCAUUGGAAAUAGUGUGGUAGGCAUGCGUCAGGCAAAAUCGGGGGGCCUAAUCAUUGAAGUCCGCGGCGAUCAAGCGCGGUUUGAAGCGGUUUGA